AGAAGCAAGUGGACGAGAACAAGCUGUGGUUUGUUUACGGGACAGUCCUUAAAGUAACAAAAGGCGAGAGGACGUGGUGAUUCAAAUCAUUGUUUACGGAGCACGUGAAGGCAACACGAGCUGCAUUACAGAGGUACUACAGCACUUGAAGGCAACACGAGCCCUAGCAACCGCAGCAAGUUUCAGUGUGCCUUCGCAACCAUGGAGGAUGAGCUUUCGUUGGUGGAAGAAAAAAGGAAAGAAGUCCCACAAGAACAACAAGAACUCCUCCACGACCAAGUCGAAAAACUGAAGUAAUGAAAAUACUCAACCGUGUGUCGCUCAGCCGUAAAGUGUGUUCACCUAAAGACUGCUUCGUUAGCUUAGGUUACCUAUUGUGUGCAACCUGCUAACACUAAACUAGCUAAACUAGUUAAGCUAGUUCUGUUGAGCAAUAUGGUAAACGAGCAAAAUGUCAGCUACUAGUUAAAGCACAAUUAACUAACGCUAGAUCCUAGAGCACCAUUAGUUAGAGCACCAUCAUUUAAAUUAGCCAGGUCUCAUGACCCCCAAUGUGAAAGGUUGAGAAGUGCUUCAUCAAAUUUGAGUUUUAAUAUUAACUGUAGGCUACCAACUAACUGUUACACAAUAAGGCAAGCUCCUGUUUCCCUAGAAACAAUUAUCAGAGACGUUCCAACGCAGCCCUCUUGGCAGAGAUCGACAUGUUUGAGCGCUUUAUCGGUCGCAUUGAUCCUCGGGACCUGGUGUCCCAGGCUGGGGGAGACGGUCCGGGGGCAGCAGGAGCCUCCAACCUAGAGGGUGGGGUUCGUGGGCGGAGAUCCAGGUCCAACAUACCAGAACCCCUCCAGCAGCUGACCUUGGAACAAAAACUUUAUGUGGCACAGAGAGAAGUAAUGGAGACACGACAAGACCAGGAGAAAGUCAGACAGAGAUAUGAGAGGAUUCAGGACAACUACAAGGCCUCUCUGAAAGAAGCAGAAUUGCGUCUUGCAGAAAUCCGAAUGGCUCAGAAGAGGUUUGAUAGCAAACUGCUCAAAACUAUGAAGGACAACAGGUUGGAAAUGACGGAGCCUGGGAAAGUGCUUCAGUACAUCAAAGACAAGUCAAAGGCCACCCAGUUGGAGAAGUUUAUGCUGAAGAACCAGACACUGAAGGCCCACGAGAAGAAGCUCCAGCAGCAGCUUCAACAGAAGAAAGAGAUGGGAAAAGCCGAGUACGAGGACAUCUUCCAGGGAUACAGCGAGCAGAGAAUUGACAAAAACUUGGAUGAACUUCAAGUGAACAAUUCGAAAGUACUACGUGUCCUCGGUACACACAAGGAGAAGCUGCAGAGUGUGACAUUGGAGGCCGCAGAGCUGAGCAACGACCUCACCAACAGGAAGCAGUUGCUGGAAAAAAUUGAGGCGAAGAUACAGCACGCUGAGGAGGAGCGUUUAAAGGCGGAGGCCCUCAACCAACGCUUGCGGCGCCAGAUGUCCGACUAUCAGGCCCCUGAUAUCGCCGAGUACAUGCUCGUGAAGGACAAACACAAGAAGCUGCAGCGGAGCAUUCGCACUUGGGAGAGAAAGUUUGGGGUCGCUGAGCAGAUGGCGGUGAAGAGCCACAGUAAAGCCUGGAGCACACAGACUCCUGCAAACGGGCCGGAGGCCGGGGCGGCUAGAACUGGGGAGCACCAGAUCCCCGUCAGGCUCCCACACAUAGCAGAAACCAGCACAUAGAGAAUCAGAAAAACAAGUCUAGUGUGGCAGACAGGAAGCGUUGCUACUGUUGCAACCGACCAGCUUCUGAUGUGACUGUUGCGUGGAAGCUUUAAUCCUUAUCAUGACUAGGUGAUGAUAUAUGACUUAGUUUGUUUUCUCUUCACUCACAAGCAUGUGGGAUAUGUAUACUCUCUUGAUGCUGGCUAUUUUAACAGUUGCUAGAUUUACCAGAACAUCUUCUGGUCCUUUAUAGUUUCACUGACUGAACUCCACAGCUAUGAGUUACUUUGCAUUAUUUGAUUUUACAUACAGAACCUACGUAUGAUUUUAGUAGAUUCAAUUACCCAACAAUAUAUAAAGCAGACAAGAUUGUUUUCACUGACCUACAGCAUGAAAUCACCACUUCAGCAUUUUACUAAUAAAAUUACUGGUACUCUGCACGAGUAGUUCAAUUUCUAACAAUUGAAGUACAUUACUUUGAAUGUAAGACUUUCACUUGUAAAGUAGUACUUUUUAUUUUGUUUAUAUUCAUUUCAUUUAAAUAUUCCCACGUUUACCCAAGUAAAAUGAUUGUAAUACUUCCAUUGCCAACUAAAUAAACAAAAGUUACUCUGAAGAGGGGUAAAAGGUCCGACCUCA